AUGGCUGAUCUUUGCACGAGGCUCUGGGUGCUCCAGGUGAACCUCUGGCUGAUGGCUCUGGUCACAGGUGGGAUGUCAGCAGGCAAGAAUAGCACCUGGAGCAACACAGGCAAUGGGUGCCCCAUGGUGCAGCAGCACCCGCGCUACGUGGCGGCCAAGAAGAACAUGCCCGUCCACUUCAUCUGCUACUCCCAGGAGCCCCACAGCAUGCAGUGGUACAAAAUGGCGGAGGACAGCGAUCACCUCCACGAGCUGGAUCACAGCACCUCCCGCUACAGCAUCGAGAGGAAAAAAAACUACAUCAACUUCACCAUCAUCAGGAUCACCUACGAGGACAACGGCAUCUACGUGUGUGACAGCAAGAAUCUCAACGCGGAGAAGAAGCAGCCGCACUUGUGCGCGACAGAGCUCAGAGUCAUGGGUCACAGUAACAUCCAGCAGCUCCAGAGCAGGAACACCCUGAAAGACGCCAUCAUCAUCAUCCAGUCCAUCCUGCUUGUCAUCUUCAUCAGCGUCCCCCUGCUCCUCUUCCUAGAUAAAGGUGAAGGCAAGGAAAGCCCAGAGGAGGACCACACCUAUGAGGGUCUGGAGGUGGAGCAGAUGGCCACCUACGAGGACAUCACUCCUUUCCGGGACGUGAAGGCCAAGUGGACAGUUGGGGAGCACCCAGGCGAAGAGUGA